GGACGAAUUUAGGGUCUCGUGAGCGUACAAAUACGAUGACGUCCAAAAGUCCUCCUCGUUGAAAAGCCUAGACUUCCCCGUCGCGAUCGCGCAUCGUUCUACAUCAUCAAGAGCAAGCGGUUCGUGCGAAGACUCGUACUCGUUGCGUACGUUGCUGUAGGAAGAUAGAGGCCGGGCUGUUAGAGAUACGAAUAAAGCCGAACCAAGUAGAUUGUCAUCCACAUCCCUGUAGAAGUGUGGACAAGUUGUGACGUCAAAGUACUUUUAUAUUAUGGUCCCAAAACAGCAACCUUACAAGCAGGAUUUUUUUCUUUUUUGUUCCCAGGAGCAACAGGAAAACAACAAAAAUAGCGCACUCGUCCGGUGGAGACGCAGCGCAACCUUCGAAACGCAACCGCUCACGUGAAGCUAAAGGUAUCGGAUUUUUUUUUUGGAUUCCGCAGGAACUCUUCUCUUAUGGCAUUCCUUCGGAUUUCAGUAGAAGCCGACGAGGUAACAGUGAAUACGAUUAUAAAUCAAGCGCUUUGCUUUAAUCAUCUCUCAUUUUCAUCUCGUUUUUUAGAAACGGAUGCUGACUUGAUGAAAGAAACCAAAACGCAAAGAACAACUCGAAUAACAGGCACUCACCGUCUUGAGUUGUUUCGACACAAGUAGAGCAACAUCUUUCGUCCCAUCCUUCCACAGCACUUAGCAGAACCGUCAGGCGUCCGGUAUUCUGAUUGUUAUAUAGCGAUUGACUUUUAAUUCAUAAGCGCAAGUAGCAUGCUUUAGUAUGUAUCAGCAUCAUCAACAUUAACAUCAAAGAUGCGUGGCGGGAUCGGUGCCGCUUACUUUGUGCGCUGCAGAAAUUUAUUACUUAAAGUACGGCUGCACUCUGCGAAGUCAUCAUUUUAAUUUCUAAUGCAGGUGAACGACCAAUAUUCAAUUACAAUUUCGAACAGGUUCAUCUUAUUGCUGUCCAGGAUGACCAAGACUGCGCAGAAGCUGUUCAUUUCCUCCGCCGCCCUGGUGGCCGCGGAGAAGAAAAUGGAGGAGGACCGUGCGAAAAAAAUGGUUUGGAGCGGCCACGAAAUCAAGGGGCUGCUGGAGCAGGCCGACACGCCGCCGAUCAGCCCGUCGAACUGGAAACCCGUAUAGAAUUGGAUUUGCUACGAGUGAGUGGAUUGCAAAUAAUAUGUGUUCUGGGUCUGGAAUUUCAAUUUAUUUUGUGAGGCUUUACGAUGGAGCAGGAGCCUGCCACCUUGAAGCGCACUCGAGCAUGAUUGCUGACGUCGUCUCAUGCGUAGCGCGCAUCACAGUCUGCGCUUUUGCAUGACGAUUAAAGUAGCACACUUGCCUGUCAUGCAAUGUAGAUUGCUCAGGAAUCGAAUGCAAGUAGGCACACACUCGAUCAAGUUCCACUUUUUCAGACACAGACAUAUUUUAAUGUAAUCGGUCUGGUGAGAUGGGGCCGUCGACUACGUCUGAUUUUCCUUUUCGAUAGAGGUGAUUUCUGAAAUUCUAAAUAUUGUACCAAACAGCGCCAGCAAUCCAGCAAUCCAGCAAUCCAGCAAUCGAGCAAGCGUUUCUGGAUGUCGACAAGAAGCAGAAGGAGGCAAGUAAAACCUUGACCGGCGAAGCGGUUGACGCGGUGAAGUCCAAGGCGCACAAGAAGAAGAAGGGACACAAGGCGUUGGCAGGUGAAACAGUGGAUGAAGCGACGAAGGCCAAGAUGCGCAUCAAGAUGAACAAGGUUGGGGCUUUGACGGGUGAACAGAGAUGGGUCCCGACGGGGGAGCAGACGAUGAGCCCGCAGAUGCAGCAGGCGGUAGAUAACUCGGGUGCGGGGCAGGCUGCGGCGGCGGGUACGAAGGCUUGCACUGACAAUCCGGAACUGUGUGCAAAUGCUGCUGCUACUGCAGGCGUAGGGGCGGCACUCUUGCCUCUUUAGCAGACAUGCUAUUGGCAGUAUGGACGUUGCUCACUGGCCUAGAAGUGGGCAAAGCGUGUUCACAGAAGGUCGAAUUAUUUUUGUGAUUUUUGUUUUGAAUCUGUUUUGAUGAUGCCCGUUUGAAAAAAAUACUCAUUUGUUGCAAAAUGCUUACAUUGUUUUUUUCUCCUGACUACGUACGAAGUUUAGCUCAGUCUCUUUUCUGGAAUAUGGGUUGUCACCUCUGGAUUGAUACUACUUACUUAUACUUAAUUUGUUUUGCUUUCGGAUGGCGUGAGUUGGAAGAGAAGUAGGCAUGUAGGAUCCGUGCGGGGAAGUUUUGCGCCGACUUUCAGGCGGGUCGCUUCUCCACCGAAUUCUAUUACUUACUUUUAUGCUUGCUCAAGGGCACUGGUCUGCAUUGUUUUUUUUUACGAUCUUCCUGGUGGCACUUCAUCAACCGACCGCUAGUAUCCAUGUAGACGGGUGCCAGAUCUCGCACGAUCAUGAGAGUCUUCGUGUUUGUUGCCACCAGAACAAUAGAAGCACAGCCCUCAAGCGCAGCUUUACCUUUAUCUCAGAAAAAAAUCUGCGAGUCACAGUAAAGUUUCCCAGUCAAAGAACAUCUCUCGCAGUAUCAACUCUACCCCAACAAGUAUAAUCCUCCUUCACACUUUUUUUUUCCCCGGAUAUCUUGCCUUUCCGACCGUAUAGCAUAGCCUGCAUGCUUCGUAGCCUAGCCGGCUCCAUACAUUUUAUCUCGCCCCGUGGCAUAUCCUGCGAGAGAAGUACGGCACCAAGAUUGAAGGACUCUAAAAUAAACAUCCCGAUGGUGCGAUCUCGUCAUAGGUCAGCACAGAGUUUGUGACAGUGGAAAAAUAGGGGUCCGGUCUUGCUACAGAAAAA